UCCAACAUAAAAAUUUGUAGAUAUGCCUCUGACCAGUGUCCGCAGGUUAAUUGCCUAACGAUCAAUUGUUAUACAAUUUCCAACCGCACUUCUUGAGAUUGAUUGCUCCCCACCUAACCAUCGAUGUCAGUAUACAAAGAUGCCACAUUUAUAAGACCAUUCGAACAAGAAACUUUUCGCUAAGCACCCGUUGAGAACGUACAAUAAAAACAAAAAAGUAGGGUUCCUAAAGUAUCGUUAUUCUGAGUGUUAAUAUAAUGAUGUGCAAGUGUGUUGUGAGUUUUGUUUAUAUCCUAGGGGUAGUGAACGCCCUAGGGGUACCGUUUUUUGACGAGUUAAUGCUAGAGCAAGGAGAUGAUUCUGCACUUGUAGAAUCUACUGCCAGAGAAACGAGAGCAGUAGGACCAAAAGACAUCGGUGAACUUCUCAGUCCUGAUCAUAUCGAAGGACUUGAACGUGACGAUUCUCAAGGUCAGAAUUUUCGUGCUUUGGAUGACUUAUUAGACCACCUUACUGGAUCGCUGUUACAGCCAGAUGAUGACGAAAAUGAGGACGGAGGGGAAGGGCAAGAAAGCAAAAAAAACUAUGAAGUUGCUGAAAAUACAGAAAAUGCGGAAGCUAGAUUAAAGCAGUCGAUAGAUGAUUUCGAUGACAAAUUCUAUGGUAAAGCAGGUGACUCUGAUGUCAAGGGAGCUGCGUCAGAGGACGACGAAACGGAAGCAACAUAUAGUGAAGAUGAAGAUAGUGAGGAGCCCGCAGAAUCAAGCUACUCCUACUCAAAGGGCGGCAGCGGGGGAGGCAGUUACAAAACCGGUGAAGGGGGCGAGGAGAAAGGCGAUGGAGGUCACAGUACCAGUUACUCGAAGGGCGGUAGUUACUCCUCGUCAUCAGGAAAAAGUAAUAAAGGAGGCACCGGUACUGGUAGUGGAAGCGGAUAUACCUCGGGAUCUGACAAGGGGUAUGGAGGAGAAUCGGAAUCGUACCAGGCCGAAGAUGAUUAUUGAAGAGUGUUGUUGGGGCAGAUGUCUAGACAAACCAAAUUUUUCAAAUAAGAAAUAAAAAUAAACGGUAAAUUAAGGUGGAAACGUCAAAUUUUGUCGAAAAAAAUAUAGUCAUCAUAAAAUAGUGUGCUCAUAACAAUACUAUUGUUAUUUAUCAGUACCCUCAUUAUUUUAAAAAUUACAACUACAGACAAUAGCAGUCUAAACAAGGCAAAAGUCGCGCAUUAGGUUUGUUGGAUGUCCUUAACAUGAGUCAAGCGGUUUCCGGUUAGUAGCCCGUUGCAAAUUUAUUUAAACAAUAUCUUUGAACAAAAAUAUUUUUUUUCUUCUCCUCCAGACACAUUUUAGUAUAUAUAUCUCGAAAAUGAGAUUUUAUGUUUUUUGGAUGUUAUGUCACUCAUUUCAGUCAGUCUGUCUGUUUGUCGGUCUGUCCGCAAAUCCUUAGUCCGACUCUAACUUGGAAAGCACUGCUCGCAUUCGGAUAAAAUUUCCACACAAGGUUAACACUAUGCCACUUUGUAGGUUUUAAAAAUCGGUCCAGUGGAGGCGGAGCUAUGUACAAGAAACGGAAAAAUAAAAAUCGCUCAGAUUCGUAAUUUUUCAAAAAAAUGGCAAUCUUGGCUGGACAAGUUGACAGACGUCUAGAUUAAAACACAAGCCUUCUCCUGUAAGCUCCGAAGGGUAUUUUGGGUUUAGUUUAUUUCAAACAAUUAUUUAAUUAUUAAAUGUGCGCGAUAGGCCACGCCCGCGUCCCUCUAGCAUACUGAAUAUUCUGUACACUGAACCGGUCAUUUCAAAAACAAAUUUGAAUUUUUCAGGAGAUAACUGUGUCACUGACAAAUAAACCAGUUUCAAAGUACUUUUUGCACAUAAUACAAUAUUUAAGCUUCGAAAGAUUGAAAUGUUAAACAACCUCGACCGUUUAUUGAUGAUAAUAAUAGAAAAAGCGCGGAAAACUGUUCUGGUCUUGAAUUAUUUUAGCAAAAAAUAGGACUAGUCGUAUAAAAUUCAAGCAAAAGAAUCAUAUUGAUCGUAUUUCUUAUUACUUAUUAUUGAAAAUUACACUUCAAUACUGACUUAUUGACAUGACACUUGUAAUUAUGUAUAUUCUGAUAUCUUUGAGCUACAAUUGGCAAACAUGUGCAAAGCACACGACGCGGGAAAAUUGAAUCUUUUUAAGAUCCAAACCAUGAGUCGGCCAAAAGUAGAAAGACUUAUCCGUUCAACCUUCUUCAAUAACCGACAACAAGAUGUGCUUUUUCAACAACAACAAAAAAUGAUUUUGCCAAAUAGAUGUGAGUGUAACUCCAUUGGUAUAAUAUCUAUACGAACAGCUUUUUAAAAUAAUUAGCACAUAUUAGGAGUCAGUAACCGUCGUAUAAAUUAGCAGAAUUGAGUCACUGGUUUUUGUAUUGAAAACAAGUCUCAAAGAAAUAAUAAGGCUUGGUGAAUUCCGAAUUCGCACCUUAUUUUUGUAGUUAAUGAAUUGAAAUCUGGGAUCUUGGUAGUGGUCACUUUCACUAUUAAGUACCUCUUCUAUUCAGAAUAGUCCAAAAAACGUGAAACCCUUUGUACGGAACAGUCCGUUUGUUGUUUUGUUUAAGAAUUUUUCAAACACAGUGCACCGAGAUACCAUCCGGCAGCGUGUUGAUUCAUAUGGCUUUCAGCAAACUUGGUUAUGGAAAAAAUGUAGUCGGAAAAUGACUUCCAUGGAUGCGAGAUUUGCCUCAUACUACGCAUCAACUAUCAAACAUACGCCAGCUAUGUGGAUUAACUACUUUAGGGUUUAAGUGUGCGACUCCAGUGUGUUUUUAUGAGGUGCUCCAAUAUAUACCUACUAUGACCAACGACAUGAUAUACAAAUAUGUGUUUGAAUAUCUUGUGUACCGUGAUUUUAUUCGGUGUAUGUGCGAAGAGGACAAACAUUAGACCGGCGGGAAGGAUACUAGCUUAAUCACAGAUGCAAACUACUGCAGCCCACAUUUAGCUUGCAAGGUUUCUGGGUUGCAGGCCUUUAAAUAUGAGUAAAGAUAAUUGCAUUUCGAGCAUGACAUCACACCGAUUCGUUAAAAGAUUCUCUUUUUGAUUGAAAUUAUGCGAAAAACCGAAUCAGCAUAUUUUUUGAGCGCAUAGGCUAUGUGUACUACCAUUCUAUGAAACAAUUCAACAACGUUGUGAAAUCUUGGGGUUAGCUUGACGUCAUAAUCGAAAAAAAUAGGUAACAUGACUGUCAAAUUACUACGGUUCACUUCACUACUCAUACGAACUCUUUUUUCGUAGAUAUUCGUUAUUAGCUUUCGCUGUCAAAAAUAAGGUAAUGGAAGACCUAACGACUCGUUAUUUUUGUUGAGUUAAAAGCUCUCGCUGCGUGUGCGAUUAUAGCGCCGCCUAGUGACCAUAAUUAUUCGGGACUUGGGACCCAUCAAUUCUUGGCAAUUAGAUGUUUUGAUAACAAUUUUCGGCUUGUUUUUCAGUCAACUUAAAUAAAAUCAAAUGAAAGUACUUACAAAGUUUGUGGGUACAUAUUGAACUAAGUAAUUUGCGUACCUGAACCAAAAGAACAGUGAUUUGUAUUUGUAAAACAAGAUUUAAACUUGCAACUUUAAACUACGUAAAAAGGAAAGAGAUUAGUGUUAGCACAGCUUGUAAGAGACGUUGAUCUCAGGACGAACGGACUCUUUAUAAUACAUCAUUAAGUGUGACUUGGUAACAUCAGUCGUAUUUUUGUCUCCGUUACAGUAGAUACUAUUUUUGGGUUGUAGGUUAUAAAAAUUGUGCAUAAAAAUGUAGCAAAUGUGAAUAUUGAGUAAUAUAUGAUGGUUUUUAGCAUAUUUUUAUAACCUAUGUACUCGCCGAUCAAGCGAUGUUUUUUCCAGAGAAAUUCCCUUUAGAGACAAUCAUUGUUGAUAACUGACAGACAUUUUAAUUAAUUUGAACACAGCUUCCUAUGCGGUGUAUUGGGAAUUUAAAUUUUUUAUAAAUUAGCAUUAAUUUAGGCCCUAGUCACGUCACUCUCUGGACUUUUUUACACGCUAUUGUAUAUUCUUUUCCAGAAUUGUAUGUCUCUUGUUGAUAUGGGGUAUUUUUAAAUGUUACUAGAUAAUGAGCUAUCUUUUGCUGUUAAUCGUAAUGGAGACCCGCGAAAAAGGUCAUAGUAAAAAUAAAAUAUAUUCACAAAAGUCAUGAUAGGUUAUGCUGCUUAUUAUUUCUUCUUUACAGCAGUUAUCCAUCUAUUUCUUUGCAUCUAAUUUCCAUGUUGCAGUAGACACGUAUAAAAUUAGUACUGUUUUUCCAGUGUUUUUAGGCAGCAUUCGACAAUUUGACUGUUUCCACAUGAACAUAUUUAACAAAUCUAGUGAGAAAUGAUAUUUUUAUGUCUAUUUCGAGUUGACGGUCUCCACUACCCACUCUGUACAUAGCAAAUUGUUAAAAAAAAUCAGAAUGAUAUCUAUAUGAUGGUAAUGUUCGAAGACUUGGUAACGUUGCACAUUGCCUUCGAGCCCUGUCCGUGUAGUCAGGGGUUGCAUUUCAAAGUUUAAACAGAUAGUAUAUUCCAACUUUGGUUAAAAUAAGAUUCUUAUAUAUAUUAUAUAUUACAAGAUCCAACCAAAUUAUAAGUACAGUUAAUUAAAAAGGGUUAUAGGAAAUGAAAAAACUAUACUAUACUAACAUAUUUUAGAAAUUUCAUAUUUGUACUCAUUUUUAGUCCCAUUUUAUUCAUCUACGAUCAAAAACUAGGGCCUAAAAUCUAAAACAAAAAAACUGUUGGUCGCGGGUCUCGAACUAUUUCACAUGCCACAUCGCACGAGGCGAUCGAUUUGAGGGUCCCCAACAUCCGUUUCGCACAUAGCGGAAACGGCAAUCAAAACAAAAGAAACAUGCUCUGCUUCCGUCAGUCCGACCAAAGACACCCAACCAUGAACAGCUGUUUCGCGCUUUUUGGCUACAUUUCAGCAUGCUUUAGGCUUGAGUCUCUCGACCAACAAACGAGAGCAUAGUAACUAUACAUUAUCAAAACUGUGGGAUUUAUCAAAUAAGACAUAAAUCGACCACUGCGAAUAGUUAAUCGCAGCCCACCGGCUGGGAUUGUAGAGAUCUCAGUCCACGAAUUGAGAACCCAGUCACCACGUGACCGCUAGAUGGCUACGAUUAUAGCUGUGUGGUCGACCACAUCGAAGGCAAACAUUCUUCGUAUCAUUAAAGGGGCCAAUACUACUGACUACACAAAGCAAAAAGGAACGAAUGAAAGAUUCAAAACUUCGAUAACGGUGAUGAAGACUCCCGAACCACGGAUGUAACAAGUGAUUCAGGUUUUUGUCAAACAAUGUCACUAAAAUAGCAAAGGAAGAGAGACAGCAUAAUCUCUAGAUAAGUUUAUCUUAUAUUGUAAUAUGUUUGAAAACUAUGUCCGGUUUAUUUACUCGUAUAUGUUUUCUGUUCUGAAGGAUAAAACAUUCUAAGUAAAGACAUGGAUCCAAAUUUGCGAUCUCAUUAAUUUUUGUAUGUUUCCAGUUAAUUAAUAAUUUCUAGUGAGUUGAGCCAACUAUUUAGAUCAAUCAAACCGUGUGGUCGGGCAAUACGAAUAGAUGCAUAUAGUAUAUCUGAUCUAAGAAAAUACUCUGAACUCUGUAUUUCCCAAUUACCUCUUAUCUAUAUAGGAUUUCAUGACGAUUCCCAUUUUUUUGUAGUUUCAAUUUAAUUGGUUUAGAACGACUAUACCAACAGUAGUAACAGCAAGAUUUUAGAGAAGGUUCACGAAACACAUUAAAAUCUUAAUCUGGUAAUAACAGGAGCUAAACAUUUUGCAAAAAUUGUUAUUGUUGCUUGUUGAUCGUAUGUUAGCAUAUUCUUCCAUGAGGCUAGAUAUACUUUGUACAAGAUUCGGCUUAAUUUGCUUAAUAUACUUUAGCUUUUCUGAAGAAUGUAUCUAAGAAUAGACUGUUGCUAAUCUCGCGUUUCGUGAUACAUUAUACUUCAAAAUAGCUAUACAUCAAUACAUUUUAUUUUUGUAAUUUCCUCU